AUGCGUCUUUCUCUGCUCGCGCUCCCCUUUGCCGCUCAGGCUUUCGCGGCUGCAUUGGCAACUCCUGAGAAGCCUGGAAAUAUUGCGGAGAGAGAUGCUGCUAAAGGAGAAAUCGAAUCGCGAGACAGCGGGUUCAAGAUCAACUAUUAUACAGACGGCGGCUGCACCUCUUACCUCGUUUCUAUCUUCCCUUCCACCGACGGUAGCUGCUAUGACUACUCAUACACCGGCGACAACAGUGCCAACAUCGCUAACUGUGAUGCUUCGGGGAGCUCCACUUGCUACUGUACCUUCUAUGCUCAGUCAGGCUGCCAGGGUGCUGCGCAGACCAUUGCGUACAACAACGGCAACUGUGCCUCAAACUAUGGUCAUGGCUUUCUCUCCAUGCAAUGUUUCUAUCUCUUGGAUUAA